GCCUCGCGGCAUCAGCACGUGCGGCCUGCCGGUCCGGCAUUCACGCGGAGAACGCCGCAGCGUACGUAUCCGGUCGAGAUUCGCCCUUCGUAUAUCCGUUUCGCUCUCUUUUUCUCUUUCUCUCUCUUUUUCUCUGUCUCUCUUUCCCUUUUUCUCUCGCUCUCCCCUCACCUGCGAUUACUCGUGUCAUCCCAUCGACCUUCAUCGGAUUUCGCGCGCCACCAUUCGAAAAUCAAUAAGUCGUGUGUGUGUCUUGUGCGUCCUGGCUGCGUGAGCGUUCACGUCGUAGCGCGUAACAAGCGUCUCUGCGGGGUGCGAAACAGGCAGUCGCCAUUGACGGCGGCUCCACGAAGCGCUCGUAGGUGCGCGGGUGUUGGCUAUCGAUCCUGCUUGUCCCGCUUUCUUGCGCGUUCAUCGGCGCCUACAUUGUCGUCGCCGUCGCCGUCGCCGCCACUGUCGUCGCCGUCGCUGUCGUCAGUGAUCAUCGUACGGUACAAUACGGUGUACGAGCUGCGAUCAGUAACAGUGUUGUGCCUUUGACAUACGAAAGUGAUUAUUUCUCCGGCUUGUACCAGAAGAAAGGCCUUUCUGCACGACGUCCCGCCCUAUCGGCUCUCAGGGAUUCGAAGGACUCGAAGAAUUCACGAGUUCCCGUGACGGAAUUGUAAUCGCGUUUUAAUUUUCUUCCUUCUCCAUGAGCGAGUGCCAUAUACCUUUAACCGACGCUUACAUCGUUCGGAAAGCCAAAGAAAACAAAAUAUGUUGUAUGCAGAGGAAUACCGAGACAUCGAAGAAUGGUGGGGUUUCUGCGAGCCAUCUUCCUAUAGCACGACACUCAAUCAAGAUAUCUUAAUGAAUACAAAAGAGGAGGAAUGGAGUGUUCAAUGCAUUCAGGACAACAACGUGAUUUUGAGAGAUCGCCUAAUGACGGACGCAGCUCUCGGUGGACCCCGACCGAUCAAAUCCGAACACAGUUACAGCCUGAACCUGACCUCCAGUCCUCCUCCGAGCCCUACGAUGCCAGGAGGUAGUCCUCACACGCCCAACGCAGAUUCGUCCGCGGGUACGGUUCUUUCAAACACGGCGAGUAACGUCGCCUCCAUCGAUUUCGUCCACUUGCAUCACAAACCUCUUGAAUUUCUUCGCAGUAAAGUCGACGAUAUGGAAGAGGAGUAUUUUUCAACUAUCUCGAUGAACACCGCUUCAAACCGCGGUGAACCAUCGUCCUCACUCACAUCGUCCUCUACCUCAACCGUGAUUCUCAAGAAGAACAAUCUAGAACCUGGAGACAGCGAAAAUUGUCCUGAAAUCAAGGACGAGCCCAUUAGUGAGCCAUCCAGUCCUUGUCAGCCGAGUUGCGAUAUAGUCGAUGAUAAGAGUACGAUAACAAUGGUGCCAGCGCAAAGUCUUCACUACGCGAACGGCUUAGUGUCGCAAACGAGCGACAGCGAAGAGGAGGACGAAGAGUGCGAUACGUAUGUAGAAGUUGCAGACUCCAAUUUGCUUGACGAGAGGAAAGAGACGGUCUCGCGUACGUCGCGACAAGGGUUGCCGCCGACGCCGCCAAGCAGCGCAAGCUCCGACUGCGAGUAUACCGCUUCCGCUUCCUGCUCGCCGGAACGUCGAGAUUCCCAGACCUCUACGAACGUACAGAAUCUCAAAGGAUUACUGGCGCAAUCAUCAAGGCUUUGCACUACCAACGGCACUCACACCACCAGGCAGCCUAUUCAUACGCCUCUGAUUUCCUGUCAGCCGAAGGGAUCGACGGGAACGUUGAUACUAACGGACGAAGAAAGGAAAACCUUGUUAGCCGAAGGAUUCCCCGUGCCUACGAAGCUUCCUCUGAGUAAACAGGAGGAGAAAUAUUUGAAAAAAAUCCGAAGGAAAAUCAAGAACAAGAUAUCAGCACAAGAAUCACGAAGGAAAAAAAAGGAAUAUAUGGACAACUUAGAGAGGCGAGUCAGUGUAUUGACAUCCGAGAAUUCGUCAUACAAAAAUAAGUUGAGUGUUCUGGAGAAUACAAAUCGUGGGUUACUGAAAGAGGUACAACGUCUUCAGGCAUUGCUGCAUCUACAACAGUCUUAGAUUUAUUCGCAUCAUCUGAAUAACGUGAACAUUGAUGACACAUUAAAAUAUAAACACAAGAGAUUUUUA